AUGCGCAACUAUGUCCAAAUUGUCAUGGUUGUCCGUAUGUUAGUCGCAAUGGCGGGUACGUUUGAUUGCAGAGAACAUAACAGAGCUCUCGACAUUUUAUUUAUCGUAUAAUAUUUUACAAAAAAUUUUUUUUGCAGUAAAUCCCGAGCCGAUUGUUACAAUCCUCGGCGAAGUUGUCUACAAUACAACGGAAAGAAAUGACCCGCCCGUGCAAAUCGAGGAGAGCCAAGUUCGACUGCGUUGCAACCCGGGAGUUGUAACAGUCAUAAUCGAAGAUGUUAUCCCAUUUACAGGCCAAAUAUACGCCACUCCAGUGGACAGCGAAAUCGUGAGUUGGCUACGCUUUCCCAGAAAGUGCUUUGAUUUUUGUCGCGUACCUUUCGCAUUGUGAAAUUACAGGGUGGCCAGGAAAACGAAAACUUGUAUUUGUAGCAAAAUUUAUGUCAAAAAACCAAAUUCCGCAAAAAUAAUAAUCAAUACCAGUAACAUAGAGCAUUGUGAACAUCAUGUUCAGUCAGCUUUAAAGCAGCUGCUCAUUGCGUCGGUACAGAGCUCCAAACGUGACUUAAAAUUUUUGGCAGAACGCCGCAGCUCUUUUUUUUUAGGAAAUCGGUUCCGUUCUUGGCGCUGCGAUCACAUAGCGGCUCCAAAUUUUCGUAGCGCAUAGUACAGAUUCCGACCUUAAUAGAAAGGUCUCCGUACGCCUGCCUUUUUUCAAAGGUGUCGCAGCGAAUGCCUCGUUCGUGACAGACAAUUGCAAUGUGCAAAAUGCUUAAAAAUAGCCCGCGUACCGUCAAAAAAAAAAAACAAAUGCUCUGUGCUCCAUAAUUGCAAAAUAACAAAUUGUCGGGAAAAUAAUAGCACUCUCUAUAAAGUUCUGUCUGCCAGGUAAAAUACGGAAUGCUUUUCUUCUCUUUGAUUUUUUUAAAAUGGAUAAAAAUUUCCUUGAGACGGCUAGCCACGAGUGGGUGCACAAUGUCGCGGCACCUAUUGCGCUUUUUCAAAAGUGCGUAGAUUUUUUUCUGUCUUUUUUCGCACCGCACAGUGCAUGUUGAGCGACGAAAUCCUUUUCGAAAAAUUUUGCACUGUGCAAUUUGUUUUCGCAAAAAAAAUCGCGCCGCCUCAGUUGAGAAAAGCUUGAGUCGCUGCGAUAUUGCAUUUGCACGGUGCAAAAGGUCAAAUGCACCCCGCAAAAAGGGGUUUUGUGCACGGUGCGGCCCGCGACAAAAAGUUUACGCACUUUUGAAAAAGCGUAAUAUCUCGGCGCUGAAUUGAAAAACAAUUUGAUUUUGACACCACACAAUUCAUUUUCUCGGCGGCGAUGCGAUUUUCGAUGCGAGAAAUCCACAUAAUUUUCCCGACAGACUGAGAAAGCUCUUUUUCAAAACGUACACGUUUUUUACGGCUCUUUAUUUUCCCGACAUUUAUAGACUUUCAUGAACUGAACAGGCCGUUUUUCGUCUCGGCCCAUUGUUUUUUGUCGCGCAAGGCCAACUCGCAAUGCCCACUGCACGAUGCGUAAACGUGUCAUGACCUUUUGGCCAACAGUUUGUCGGGAAAAAAUGUGGACUUUUCCGGCAGAGUUCCCGACUUUGGAAGCGCCUAUCAUCGUUUUGCCGCGGCUAGCCCCGGCUGGAAAUUUAGUACGCCACUGCGACAAGGAGAGACAUUUUGCUGCGACAAAUCCACAUUAUUUUCCCGACAGUCUGAAAAUACAUUUUUUUCAAUUUGGUUUAUUGAAACAAAACGUUUACUUGUACUUGAAAUCGAAGCCACGACCUCUUUUCAGCGGCUAAACACGAUCAAAGUUCGCAAAGGCAACUACUCUUCAAUUCAAAUCCCUGUAUGCUCCAUGAAGCCUCAUCCGUCGCUAUCUCAAUGCCAACUCGAGUUCAACCAGUUGGCCUUCAACGUCUUCGUCAUAACUAAUAAUUUUCACGUGAAGAAUUUAAUUGCCUGGACCGACUCCGCUUUCCAGGGAUGCUGUGAUUACCGAAGGCACAGUGCCGCGAGGAAGUUUAAUGGCCGGGUUGAAAAGUUGUUUCCGAUUAAAGUGAGUGACGUUAUUGGUGGGUAAAAAAGUUGGUUUGGGGUGCAUAAAAAUAUGCAGUAAAAAAUUUAGUGCAAAGUGUUGAAAGUGCAAACCUUUUUUGAAAAAGCGGGAUUUUUUAGACCAAUUGGUAGAAUUUUUUUGCGAGUCAACUUAUAGAAAAGGUCAGAUUUUCCCGUAGAUAGCAUAAUGUUUCCACAAAAAAAACCUUUUUUUUCCGCAGGCACAAUUGGCAGAUAUGGCUAAACAACUUUUUUUUCUCUGAUCGCUCUCCGCAUUUGGCGUACUCUUAUGGGCCGCAAAACAUUGAAAUCUGGGCUGCCUCUGCAGAAAUAUGUAAUAUUUGGGAGACCUUACUCGUCAAAAUAAAAGUAAAAAAAAUAAAAAAUAAAACUAAAAAUAAAAAAAAAAUGGAUUUUUUGCACUGUGCAAAAAAAUAGCGUCAAAAAAAUUGAAAUUUUAAAAAACAGUUUAAAAAAAAGAUUUCCGCAAUCUUCCCUUUUUUGCCUAAAACUUUACAUCAAUUUGAAAACAUUUGCAGAAACAAACCGACAUUGUCCAGUUCAAUUCCCAUUAUUCGAUUACUCUGGAAAUUGGCGACAUCAGAAGGGCGCCCGGAACUCUCGCCAAUUCGGUCGAAUUCACAUUUACAAGAAUCGACAAGCAGGAAGACUUUCGGAUCAAGUUAUGCCGAAUGGGGAUACCAAAACUCAACAGAUGGCAGGAUAUUAUCGUUGAGGGGUAAGUUUUAGAAAUUUGCAAAAAAAUGAUAAAAAAUAAAGCAAAAAAUUGUUAGUUUGCCGGAAAAAUAAUGCGGACUUGUCGUACCUUAGUAUCGUCCAUGAUUGCUGUGCUACCGAAAACUGUAUGUAGAGUUGCGACUGUCACGAACGAGACAUUUUGCUGCGACCAAUCCAUAUUUUAAAGUUUUAAAAAGUGAAUUUUCAGCUGCCCUGUCCCCAAAUUCUACCCUCUACUCUAUCAGAAAAACAUCAAAACCAUAGAAGCUCACCAAAAACAGUUCACCAUGCAGCUGUUUUCCCUGGCCUAUGACGAUUUCUCCCCUCAAAAAAUGGAACUCCGCUGCAGUUUUGAGGAAUGCCCUGAGGGUGGAUGCAAACAAGAGGUUUGGUAAGUCAAUGAUUUUUAUUGGCAACUUUGCUUUUCAGCUCUUUCAAACAAAGGCUAAAACGGCCGAAAAAGGAGUUCACGCAGAAUUUGAAGCCCAACAAAUUGAUUGCCAGACCGGUGCGGUUGAGGAGGCUACGGCAUUUUUGUUAG